GCGGAUAAAUCAUGCAGCCUCGGGAGUGGGCGCCGUCCGGGAUGGGGAGGAAUCGCUCCAGGGGGAAAGAGCCGCCGCAAUGAGCUGGAGUUUCCACCGCUGGGGAGUUCCUGAACCGGGAGUCCCGCUCUGUGGAGACAAUGCGGUGACGCUGGGUUAGCAGGAAAUAGUAAAUAGAGCCAGUAAAGCCUUGGCAAGAGUCCUCAAUCAGCUUCUACAACACCGUGUCAAAUUUCUUUGUGAGAGGCACUUGGAUACCUCGGUGAUAAGUGCUUUAUAAAUGCUUGGAUUGUCUGUCACCGAGUGGUUUCAGAGUACCACUGAUGUGAUCUUUAUUUUCUUCCAACUCCAGAAAAGGAAGAUAAAUGCUGGGAACUUUUAUCUGCUUAAGAAGAAUUCAGGAAGCUAAGUAAAAUCUUUCCUCAAGUUAUUUCCACUACUAGGAGGAAAAUCUACUGCAGGAGGAAAAGGAUGAAAAGAUGGCUGACUUUUCACUACUGUGUUCUAACCAUUUCCGCCAGUUCACACGUGAAUCUUUGGCUGCUAUUGAGAAGCGAAUUGCUGCCAACAAGAAAUACAAAGACCAGCAACCUAAAGAGAAACCUCGUCCCCAACUUGACCUGCAGGUUUUCCAAAACCUGCCUACUCUCUAUGGGAAUCCUCCUCAGGAGCUUGUUGGGAAACCACUGGAGGAUCUUGACCCUUAUUACAAUGAUCACAAGGUUAGAGACCGCACAUUUAUGGUAUUGAACAAAAGGAAAACAAUCUUCCGAUUUACUGCCACACGUGCCUUGUGUAUACUUAGCCCUUUUAAUCCAAUCAGAAGAACAGCGAUUAAAAUUUCGGUACAUUCAUUGUUCACUAUUUUUAUUAUGUGCACUAUUUUAACCAAUUGUGUCUUCAUGGCUAUAUUUGAGACCCGUAGGAAGAUUAAGUCACCUAAAUUUCGUGACUGGAGAAAGUAUGUUGAGUACACGUUCACAGCCAUUUACACUUUUGAAGUAUUGAUAAAAAUAUUGGCAAGAGGAUUCUGUCUGAAUGAAUUCACUUUCCUUCGAGAUCCGUGGAAUUGGUUGGAUUUCAGUGUCAUUGCUAUGGCAUAUGCAGGGGAGUUUAGUGAUCUAGGCAAUGUUUUGGCCCUUCGUACAUUCAGGGUUCUGAGAGCUUUAAAAACUAUUUCAAUACUCCCAGGACUGAAGGUCAUCGUAGGUGCACUUAUCCACUCUGUUAAGAAGCUUGCUGAUGUGAUGAUCCUGACCCUUUUCUGCUUGAGUGUCUUUGCCCUCAUAGGCCUCCAGCUCUUUAAAGGCAAUUUGAGACAUAAGUGUGUCAGGAAUUUUAACUCCACCAGUGGAACUAUUUAUUUGGAUGACAAAAAAUGGAGCUCCUUUGAUGAGUUUAUUAAUGAUACAGAAAAUAUUUUGAAGAAGAAUGGCACCAAGGAUGCCUUAUUGUGUGGCAACAGCUCAGAUGCUGGCUCCUGUCCACCUCAAUAUGUAUGUCUCAAAGUUGGGGGAAAUCCUGAUUUUGGCUACACAAGUUUUGAUACAUUUGGCUGGGCCUUUCUUUCCUCGUUCCGCCUGAUGACACAAGAUUACUGGGAGCGUCUCUAUCAACAGACUCUCAGAGCUUCUGGGAAGACCUACAUGCUCUUUUUUAUGCUGGUCAUCUUUGUGGGCUCAUUUUAUCUGAUCAACUUGAUCCUGGCUGUAGUGACUAUGGCAUACGAAGAGCAGAACAAAGCUACUAUUGCUGAAACUGAGGCAAAGGAAAGGAGGUUUCAGGAAGCCAUGGAACUGUUGAAAAAAGAGCAAGAGGCAUUGGCUGCUAAAGGAAAUGAUUCGAAGUCACUUUGCUCCUUUGAAAUGUCACCUUUACCUUCCAAAGAAGUCAAAGAUAGAAGCAAUAGGAGAAAUAAAAAUAUGUCCUUAGGGAUAGAAGAUUAUGGGGAAGAUCAAAAAGUUCCCAAAUCACAGUCCAGUAGCCAUCAACAAAACCUGACCCCUGUAUGUGGUGAAGUGAGCAAGAAGCAUUUGCCCCAUCAUCUGUCAGUGGACUAUUUUAAUGAGCCACUACAAAGUCAAAGGGCAACUGGGGCAGUCAGUACCAUUACCUGUGUCCUGGAGGAAUCGCAACAGAAAUGCCCUCCCUGCUUGAAGGACUUUGCCCUAAAAUAUCUUAUUUGGGACUGUUGUCCACUGUGGUUGAGAAUCAAGAAAAAGGUGACAAUUUUAGUAAUGGAUCCAUUUACUGACCUCACUAUCACUCUUUGCAUCGUGAUGAAUACUAUCUUCAUGGCACUAGAGCACUAUAAAAUGACAAAAAAAUUAAAAUUCAUGAUUGACGUAGGCAACAAGGUCUUUACUGGAAUUUUUACUGCAGAAGUGAUCUUGAAAAUCAUUGCUCUAGAUCCCUACUACUAUUUUCAGCAGCGCUGGAAUAUUUUUGACAGUAUAAUUGUCACCAUAAGCUUAAUUGACCUGAGUUUACACACCAAAGCUAAAGGAAGAAAAGAACAUGUAAACCUGUUAGUUUUACGUUCCUUCAAACUGCUGAGGGUCUUCAAACUGGCAAAGUCCUGGACAACUUUGAAUACACUUAUUAAAAUCAUUGGUAACUCAGUGAGUGCUAUGGGUAACCUUACCCUGGUUCUGGCAAUCAUAGUCUUUAUAUUUGCUGUAGUAGGAACGCAACUUUUUGGUAAAAGCUACAAAGAACAUUGCUUUAAAAUAAGUGACGAUUGCAAGCCACGUUGGCAUAUGAUGGAUUUUUUCCACUCAUUCCUUAUUAUAUUCCGAAUUCUGUGUGGAGAAUGGCUUGAAACCAUGUGGGAUUGUAUGGUGGUAGCUGGGCAACCAUUAUGCCUUAUUGUCUUCUUGCUGGCCAUGGUGAUAGGAAACCUAGUGGUUCUCAACCUGUUCAUUGCACUACUGCUGAAUUCCUUCAGUGCUGACAACCUCCAAGCACCCGAAGAUGAUGCAGAGAUGAACAACCUUCAGAUCGCAUUUGCUCGGAUCCACAAAGGACUUCGCUUGCUGAAACACGCAACAUGGGAUUACUGUUGUGGAAAGCUCCGGCAACCAAAGAAAGCCACCAAAAAGAAAAUGAAAUUGGCUGCUGAGAACACAUGUGUGGAGAUUGGGAAAGAAGGGAAGAAUUGUAGAGAAAAUCACAGAGACAAUGUGACUGAGAAGAAUGGAGAGAGAGGCUGUGUUAGCAUUCUUGAAGAUUUUAUCACCAACCCCAACAAGUUUGUCUGCGUCCCUAUUGCUGAAGCAGAAUCUGAUAGUGAAGACUGUGAAGAAGAUGAUGAUAAUUCAAGUACAUUCACAGAAAUGGUGUACAGUAAACAGCAGCUUGAUAACAUCAGCUGUUCUGAAGGCAGCACAGUGGAUCUGACAAAUCCUGAGGAGCUUCUGAAACAGAUCCCUGAGCUGGCUGAAUACUUAAAGAAACCUGAUAACUGUUUUCCAGAAGGCUGUAUUCGACAUUCCCCUUGCUGUUCACUCAAUACCACAAAGUUUCCAGGCAAAACAUGGUGGAACCUGAGGAAAACAUGCUACAAAAUUGUUGAACACAACUGGUUCGAAAGCUUUAUCAUAUUCGUGAUUCUGCUAAGCAGUGGAAGCCUGGCAUUUGAAGAUAUACAUCUUGAGAAAAGAAAAAACAUUAAAAUGAUGUUGGAAUUUUUUGAUAAAAUCUUCACUUAUAUCUUUGUCCUGGAGAUGUUUCUGAAAUGGGUGGCCUAUGGCUUCAAGAAAUAUUUCACCAAUGCCUGGUGUUGGCUUGACUUCCUAAUUGUAGGUGUCUCUUUAGCAAGUCUUAUAGCUAACUCACUUGGAUAUGCCGAAAUGGAACCCAUGAAAUCCUUUAAAAUCCUGAGAGCCUUGAGACCAUUAAGGGCAUUGUCACAAUUUGAAGGGAUGAGGGUGGUUGUGAAUGCCUUAGUAGGUGCCAUCCCUUGCAUCAUGAACGUUGUGCUUGUCUGCCUCAUUUUUUGGCUCGUUUUUAGUAUCAUGGGAGUGAACCUAUUUGCAGGAAAAUUUGGAAAAUGCGUAAACUUGACUGAAGAAAAAUCAGAAAUAAAUAACAGUAUUAAGAACAAAUUGGAUUGUUUAAACUAUAAUGACACGCAAAAAAUAUAUUGGAUAAAUGUUGCAGUCAACUUUGAUAAUGUUGGUUCUGGUUAUCUGGCUCUUCUUCAGGUGGCAACAUUUAAAGGUUGGACAGACAUUAUGUAUGCAGCAGUAGAUUCACGAGGGGCCAUCCAUAAGAAGCAGCGGGAUUAUAAGAGGCAGCCUGGGUCCUCCAAGGGCAAGGAGAAAGACAAACAGCCAAAGAAGGAACAUUGUCUAUACAUGUACCUCUAUUUUGUGGUUUUCAUCAUCUUUGGAUCUUUCUUCACACUGAAUCUCUUUGUUGGUGUCAUUAUUGACAAUUUUAACCAACAAAAGAAAAAGAUAAGUGGACAAGACAUCUUUAUGACAGAAGAACAGAGAAAAUAUUAUAACGCAAUGAAAAAACUGGGAUCCAAGAAACCCCAAAAACCUAUCCCAAGGCCAUUGAACAAAUACCAAGGGUUUUUUUUUGACAUCGUAACAAGCGAAGCCUUUGAAAUUAUCAUCAUGAUUCUCAUCUGCCUUAACAUGAUCACUAUGAUGGUGGAAACUGACGAUCAAAGUAUAAGGAAGACUGACAUUCUUAACAAAAUCAACAUGUUCUUUGUUGCCAUCUUUACUGUAGAAUGCAUCGUGAAAUUAUUGGCUCUGAGACACUACUAUUUCACCAAUGGCUGGAACAUAUUUGAUUUAAGUGUGGUCAUUAUGUCUAUUGUUGGUACUCUGGUUUCUCACAUUGUUAAUGCAUUUGAAAAUUACUUCUCACCUACACUCUUCAGAGUCAUUCGGUUGGCUCAGAUUGGACGAAUACUAAGACUUGUCCGAGCUGCCAAAGGAAUUAGAACUCUCCUUUUUGCCUUAAUGAUGUCCCUUCCUGCUCUGUUCAACAUUGGCCUCUUACUUUUUCUGGUCAUGUUUAUUUACGCCAUUUUUGGCAUGUCUAAAUUUGCUUAUGUUAAGUGGGAGAGUGGGAUUGAUGACAUGUUCAACUUCCAAACCUUUGCUAAUAGUAUGCUCUGUCUCUUCCAAAUGACAACAUCUGCUGGCUGGGAUGGUCUUCUCAGUCCUAUUUUAAACACUGGACCUCCUUUUUGUGAUCCAAACAUACAAGGUGGUGUGGGAGAAUGUGGUAAACCUGCUGUGGGUAUUAUUUUCUUUGUAAGUUACAUCAUUAUAUCAUUUCUCAUUGUUGUAAACAUGUAUAUAGCUGUUAUUUUAGAAAACUUCAAUGUUGCCACUGAAGAAAGUACAGAUCCUGUGGGUGAAGAUGACUUUGAUAUGUUUUAUAAAAUCUGGGAGAAGUUUGAUCCUGAAGCAACUCAAUUUAUUGAGUAUUCUGCACUUUCAGACUUUGCAGAUGCUUUGGCAGAACCUUUACGCAUAGCCAAACCAAACAAAAUUGAGCUCCUAGCAAUGGACCUUCCCUUGGCUAGCGGAGAUAGGAUCCACUGUUUGGAUAUUUUGUUUGCUUUUACCAAACGGGUGCUAGGAGAAUCUGGGGAGAUGGACAAACUAAAAGAACAGACAGAGGAAAAGUUUAUGGCUGCCAAUCCAUCCAGGUUUUUUCAUGAACCAAUCACAUCCACGCUCAGACACAAAGAAGAGGAGGUUUCUGCCAUUAUUAUCCAGAGAGCCUAUAGGAGUCAUUUGAUUCAACGGUCCAUGAAGCAGGCCUCUCUCUUAUAUUACAGAACUUGUGAUGGUGACAUCCUUGAAGAUGCUUCACAGAAGGAAGGUCUCAUUGCAUUUAUGAUGAAUGAAAAUUAUGGUAGGAAUCUAGACAAGUCUGAGACUGUGUCUUCAACAUCUUUCCCUCCAUCCUAUAACAGUGUCACCGGGGACACUAAUGACAACCUCCAGGUAAAGACGGUGGACUCUUCCAAAUGUGAUGUACCUAUAGGUUGUCAGCUAUCUCCAGACAAAGAUAAAGAAUACAUUGUUUAAUAUUUUGUUAAUAAUGCUUUAAAAUAUUCACAGAAGAUAAUGAUGUAAAUAUACAGCAACCAAAGCAGCCUUCUUUUUAAACAUUAGUUGCAAAAGAAACUAAGGUUCUUCUACCCUUAACUAUGGGAGUUCAUAAGCUGUCACCUUUGACCUUGCUACAUUCAACUUUACUCAAUGUUUAUAUUUAGAUAUACCUAGGAAGUAUCUGUGUAGAGUCAUAACUGUUAUAUUGGUGGCAGUUGUGACUUAAGGCAGAAUCCUUGGUAUCUUGUUACUAUGGCCCAGACACAGAGCUGAUUAGAGCUGCACUUUGCUUACUUCUGCUAACCAAACACCCACCCAUUUAGAUUGGUUUGCCUCAUUGUGAACCAAGUUCAAGAAGUGGAAAAUAAGUUUCAAGAUAUCUGGAAAGAAAUAGCUGUCUGGGAAAGGAGUGGGAGAAAAUGUAAUGGUUUGUGAGGGUUUUGAAGUAGGGAGCGAGGGUGAAAUAUAGCAUAAUUAACACUUUGAUAAUAAACCUGGUAGACUAAUGACCCCCAAUCUUUUCAGUUCUGUGACCCACAUACCAUAAACAUAGCUAUUGCAUGACCCAUUGAUAUGUCAAACUGUACUGGAACUCCUCCAAUAUGAUGAAUUUAAACAAUAGCCAUGGUAUGUAUACUAUUGUAGUCAAGUUACUGCAGCAUAAUGACAAUAAAUGUAAUACCUAACAUUCCAAAAACAGUAAUGAAUUACAUUAGAAUUUUUUUUUUUACACAAAACUGAACUGCUUUUCCUCUGGAAUUAUGAAGUUGGCAUCUUUAUCUUCAUCAUGUUUUCUUUCUAAAGAUCUUUGUGACUCUUAUGACAUCAUGAUAUCAUUAGCCUGGACUUCUCCACAAAGAACUCUACACCUUGGCCUGCCUUCAGUCUCUUCUACCAUGUGUGUAAAUACUUAUUUGAGAUGCAUGAAAUACAGAAAGUAUGAACCAUUUUGCUUUUCAUUUACUGAUUUGUCUUCCUUUCUGUUGCAUUGUUAGGUAUUCAGAGCCACAAGACCACUCAAGUCUCUCUUGACACUUACAUUGCAUAUUUAAAACUGUUAAUUGUAUAUGUAAAUCACUUUUCAAGAUAAGAUUUUUAAAAAGUGGCAAGAUUCAUGUGACUAUCAAGGGUGACGGGUCCAGGGGAGGCACAGCUUUCCUUUCUUCCCCACAGUGUUUUCAGACAGAAAAAAAGCUUGGCUUUGUGGCUGAGGCACUGGACUGGGACUCUGAUCUGGGUUCAGUUCCUUGCUUGGCUACAGACUUUCCAUAUGACCAUAGGAAAAUCACAUCUGACUGCAGUGCAGAUGUACCUUAAUCUGUCUUUCACUCAGUUCCUCCUCUAUAAAAUGGGAAUAUUAAUACUUCCUUUAAUAAAUCUCCCUUUCUCCCACUUUUGUCUGUCUAUCUAUUUAGAUUGUGAGCUCUUUGGGCAGGGACUGGCUCUUACUAUGCAUACGUACAGUGCCUUGCACAGUGUGGCCCCAGUCUUAAUUGAGGCUUCACAGUACUAUUUGAAUACAAAAAAUAAUAAAUAAUAUUUAUAAUGCCUUUUAUCUAUCUUUCUUUCUGUUUUAUUCCCCCUGCUUCUCCUGGUGUAAAUGGUCUCUCACUAUGGAGUUUUGGGCCCAUGCUGUUACUUUCUCCCUGUACUUUGAAGCUAGACAC